CAGGCCCGGCGCUCCGUCUGCGUCUCCGCUGUGCAGUGGGAACUUUGCAGAGCCGCCGCCUUCCCUUCCUGCGCCAUGGACAUCGCUAUCCAGCACCCCUGGUUCCGCCGCCCCAUGGGCUUCCCUUCGCUCUUCCCGCCUCGCCUCUUCGACCAGCGGUUCGGAGAGGGGCUGAUGGAGAGCGACCUGCUGUCGGGCUCCCUCUGCCCCUAUUACAUGCGCUUCCCCCCCAUGCAUAUGCCCAGCAUGCCGGAGACGGGGCUGUCUGAGAUGAAGCUGGACAAAGAUAAGUUCUCUGUCUUGCUGGAUGUGAAGCACUUUUCACCCGAAGAGAUAAAUGUGAAGGUGGUAGGCGACUACAUCGAAGUACACGCUAAACACGAGGAACGUCCGGACGAACACGGCUACGUCUCCAGGGAGUUCCACCGUCGCUACAUGAUCCCCAAGGGGGUUGAUCCGGCAGCUAUCACCUCCGCCUUGUCUCCCGAGGGAGUGCUCUCCAUCACUGCCCCCACUAAAACCCCCGCACUGGAACGGAGCAUUCCCAUCACUUGCCAAGAAAAGCCGGCUGUCACUGGAAAAUAAAGAGAAGAGCAGCCUGGCCCAGAAUUUUUCAUAUUUUGCCCCCUAUUAGAUACCGUGAGAUAUUGUGAGCUUGGACUCCCCUUGCUUGUUAGGUACAAGGUUUGUUCACUCUUAAGCCUUUAAGGAAGUGACGUUCCUUUCCUACCCUGCUAAUGGCUGCUGGGAUGCUGACAGCGAAGAUAUUGUUGGCUUAAAAAUUUCAGUCCAUCUACUGGAGAAGAAGGUGUUGUUUUUCUGCCUCUGGCUAGAAACCUCUCUCUUCCUUUGCAGGCUUACUCUGUACCACAUUUCAUAUUGAACUGACUUCCUUGUAUAAAUGCCCAUUUGCAAUAAAGUGCUUUUUUGCUUAAGA